CCGGAGUUAAGAAAAUGUUAGACCUCCCGCCAUCAGCAUCAUGACCACCCCACUCCCACCCACGGCACCCCCAAUAUUUUUCUUCUUCUUCUAACCUCACAUUUCUGAUCUCUUAUCUCCCACAAUCCCACCUGUAUACUGCACCACUUCACGAAACUCUACCCUCACAAAUUCGGAUUGCCAUUUCUACACAGGAGAAAACAUCUAUAAUUGAUAGACGAGUAAAUGACUCUUCACUUGUGUUGUUGUUCCCCUUGGAUCUCCCGCCUUCCCCAUCACUAUUACCCCAAAAACUUCACAACCCCACUUCACAAUUACUGUUUCCUCUUCAAGAACCGCUCUAUCUUUCAGGGUUUUCGCAUUUCUAAGAAUUUCAUUAAGUUUUCGGGAAAGAAUGAGGUGUCAUCAUCAUCUGAGGAAGCAUUGGUUUCGGAAGUGGUGGAUGGUGAAAUUUUAAGCGCUAUUGCGGCCGCUGAGGAUGCUAGUGGAGUAUUGAAUGUGAUUGCGGAGAAAACGAAGAAAAAUGGUGGAGUUUUGAGCGGUUCUGAUUGUCGAUUGAUUAUCUCGGCCGCCCUUGAUAGUGGAAAUGUUGAUUUGGCACUCUCUGUUUUCUCCGCCAUGCGUUCCAGCUUCAACCCAGUUGUAAGUGACAAAGUUAUACCAGUUCAGAGAUGGAAGUGGUCGAUGCCAGAUGUACAUACUUACACAUUAUUAGUUAAGGGUCUUGCAGCCUCACUGAGGGUUUUGGAUGCCCUCAAAAUGAUUGAUUCUGUUUGCCGAGUAGGAAUGUCUCCUGGUGAAGAGGUCCCAUUUGGUAAGGUCGUGCGAUGUCCCAGUUGUAUGAUAGCUGUUGCUGUUUCUCAACCGCAGGAUGGUAUUCAGAUCGUUGCUUGUUCUAAGUGCCGCUACAAGUAUGAGCUCAUUUCAGGCAUCAUCCUUGCUAUAGAGUCAGAAGAAAUCAGCAUGGAUGUUCCUGCAUGGAAAAGGCAGCUAGGAUUCCUGCAAAUAGUGAAGCAAAACGUUCCUGCUGCUGUUCACUCCAUUGUGGUGGAGACCCCUUCAGGAGUGGCAAGAACGCACAGGUUUGCAACUCAAACAGUUGACCUCCCUGCCCAAGAAGGAGAAAGAGUGACUAUUGCUCUAGCAGCUCCAUCGAAUGUUUAUCGAGAGGUUGGACCAUUGAAGUUUAAUCCAAGAGUCCCAAAUUUCUACCCUGGUGAGCCUAUGUGCCUGACAAAUCAUAGGGAUGGCCGAGAAUCAUCAUUACUAAGAGCUCCCACAAAAGAUAGGAGCACAUCCCUUCUGAACCCUUCUAUAUUGUUUCCUGUUGCUGCUGUAUUUGCCACUGUCGAUGCUGCCUCAGGAAUGAUAGAUCCUAGCUUGCCUCAGUUAAUUUCAGUUGCAGCUGUUUCUUCACUUGCCCUUGGAGCAACUUUGAACAGUUUAAUUUUUCCCAGUCUAAACAAGCUUCCUCAGAAACUAGUGGAUGUAACUGCUAUCAGGCAGCAGCUGUUAUCGCAGUAUGAUGUACUUCAGUCUCGCAUCAAGGACUUGAAGCAAGCUGCUGAGAAUGAGGUUUGGAUGUUGGCACGUAUGUGCCAAUUGGAGAACAAAAUAGUUGCUGUCGGAGAACCUUCUUAUCGUGCUCGGAGAAGUAAAAUCAGAAGGGUGCGGGAAGGCCUGGAGAGUUCCCUUGAGAAUAGGAUUGAACUGAUUGCAAGCUAUGCAAGAAUUUCAUCAAUGAUAGAAAUUGAGGUAGAACUGGAUUCUGACGUUCUUGCUGCUGAAGUUGUGAGUAACACGGAAAGUAUUGCAGAACAAAUCCAACAAAUCAUGGAGAUUGAAAACCUUGAGGAGAAAUGGAGGCUGCAAGCCGAGGCGAGUGAUGAGGCUGAAAGACUUCUUAGCUCUGAGCGAAUACCUGCAGAACAGAUUUUCGAUAGAUAAGUGGUGAACGUACUCGAGUCAAGGUAUCAUUGUACUUGCAUUGUUGUCCCCAACAGUAUUCGAUCACUCUUUCUACUACUAGUUAUUGCCUCCUGUGGAUCAAAGAAAAUCGCCGUGUUCUUGCACUUCACUGGUUGAAUUGCUUGAGGCCAUGAUAAGCAUUUGUACUAGAAAAUUUUGAUAAAUGGAAUGGGAACACAAACAUCUCCUAACUUGGAGAAUUUUCUGCAAUUUGCGCAACUCAGAGAUGAAGCAUUAUUCUAUUGUUGGUCAAUGUGCAGUAUAUAUAGCUAGAAAAAUAAUUGACCCUCUUUUGUUUGUAUGCAGUUUAAUUAUUUGUCCAUGUAUCAUAAAUCUGUAUCAAUAGCAAUUUGAAAUUUAAUACUAUUUGUAAAAUGUUUUGUUGCAAAAAUGCCGGUACAUGGUUUGAAGAU